GCGGCGCGCGGCGCAUGCGCGGGGCGGCCCCUCGGGGCGUGCUGCGGGGCGGUGGCAGGAGCAGGCCCAGGCCUAGGCCCGGGCCGCGCCGGGCCCCGCCAUGGUGGGCGGCGAGAAGGAGCUGCGGAUCCGCUUCGUGCCCGGCUGCUGCGAGCUGGUGGAGGAAGAUGUUGAUAUUCCCAGUAGACGAGUUUUAAUUACUGGUGCUACGGGACUUCUCGGCAGAGCUGUGUUUAAAGAAUUCAAUCAAAAUAAUUGGAAUGCAGUUGGCUGUGGAUACAGAAGAGCUCAGCCUAAAUUUGAACAGGUUAAUCUUCUUGACUCCGUCGCAGUUCAUGAGAUUAUCCGUGAUUUUCAGCCUCAUGUUAUCGUGCAUUGUGCUGCUGAGAGACGGCCAGAUGUUGUAGAAAGCCAACCAGAUGCUGCUUCUCAGCUCAACGUGGCUGCUUCAGGGAACCUAGCAAAAGAAGCAGCUGGAAUUGGAGCAUUUCUAAUCUACAUUAGUACAGACUAUGUAUUUGAUGGAACAAACCCUCCUUAUAAAGAGACUGAUAUACCAAAUCCCCUGAAUUUGUAUGGUAAAACCAAACUGGAGGGUGAAAAGGCAGUCCUGGAAAAUAAUGACGGUGCUGCAGUACUUAGGAUUCCUGUCUUGUAUGGAGAGGUAGAAAGACUGGAGGAAAGCGCUGUGACUGUUAUGUUUGAUAAAGUGCAGUUCAGUAAUAAAUCUGCCAACAUGGAUCAUUGGCAACAAAGAUUUCCUACUAACGUGAAGGAUGUAGCAACUGUUUGCAGACAACUAGCAGAGAAAAGAAUGCUGGAUCCAUCCGUAAGAGGAACAUUUCACUGGUCUGGCAAUGAACAGAUGACCAAGUACGAAAUGGCAUGUGCAAUUGCAGAUGCUUUCAACCUUCCCAGCAGCCACUUGAGACCGAUUACUGAUUGCCCGGUUAUGGGAGCCCUCCGUCCAAGGAAUGCUCAGCUAGACUGCUCCAAGCUGGAGAUGCUGGGGAUUGGUCAGAGAACACCAUUUCGAGCUGGAAUCAAGGAAUCACUUUGGCCGUUCCUUGUUGACAAGAGAUGGAGGCAGACAGUCUUCCAUUAGUUUGUAAUUUUUUUAGUAAAAGUAUGGUAUGUGGCACUUUUUUAAAAGAAAAAAUAGUUUUGUAUGAGUGUUCUUAAAUUGUGACACUUAUGCGUUUCAUUUAAUCAGGUAAACAUACAGUCUUGCACUAGUGAAAUUGUUAGCCUAAAAAAAGUUCAGUGACAAAAACUGAGCCUGUACAAUGUUGUGGAUCUUUCCUUCCGUUCCUACCAGUGUAACUUAAUGUCUAUUCCUAGCAGAUUAUGGUUCUUAGUAAUCAGUACUAUUUGAUGCUAAGAACUACUCAGAUGACUUGUGAACUUCUUUUUGGCUGACAUAUGUUGUUGAUGCUUAAGGUCUGUGCCAUUGUUGUAUAUGCCAUUUCACUUCAUUAAAAGGUAUGGUCAGUUACUUUAUCACCAAAAAUCUGAGUUACUUGUUUUUAAUUACUGAAGGUGGCGUUACUCUGAAGGUAAACUGAAGCAGGAGUUGUUAAAUGUUUGUUUUGCUAGAGCUUAGAUCAAAAUGUUUUUUUAAAAAAGUGAGACUUUAUUUUUGCAGUUAUCAAGUGUAGUUUUUAUGCUUGAAAUAUUUUCCAAGUUUUCUGUUAUUAGAAUGCCUGCAGCUUCAUAUUUGUACAGCAAGUUGAAUGUACUUGUUCUAAUGGUGACUUAUAAAAGCUAGAAGAGGGUUGGGAAGACAUAGCUCUGACCUUUGUUUUGGGGAUGGGUAUUAGAGGAUUAUUAUUUUUUUUGAGCUGGGGGGUUGUAUUUGUUUUUUGUAUAAAAGCAUGAAAUACCUUCAUCUUUCUCUUUUUUCAAUAGCAUAUGGGAUUGGUGAAAUUUAGCUGGAGGAAGAUGUUGCUAGUCAAUACGUGUGGGAGAGGAGAGGAAAGGUAUUUUCAAGAGUUUAUAGCACUGCAGCUUCUUUUGCACAGACUCUCAGAUCUUGCACUGAUGCAGCUCAUUCUGGAACAGCCAAGUGCGUAUGUUGAAUGUUUGCACUGCAAUGAUAUAACCACAGUAGUUUAAUAUAACCAAAUCUUGGAUCUGCUUAAAUUUAGUCCUUGAAGUUGGACGCAGUAGCUACGUAAAGUAGAGGAAGAACAUAGUUUGUAAGGGUUAGCUUCCUUCUGGAGAUGUUAAAAUCAACAAUAUAAAUGUUCUGAGAUUGCCAGCAGAUCAUUAGUUCAUUAGUAAAACCGGGAAAAGUUCCAUUUUGAUGAUCAUUUAUUUUUCUGAGAUUGUAAUGGAGAGGGGGUGGGGGUGUUCAGCUUAAAAAAAGAUGGGAGGGGGGCAAAAAUAGACCAAGUUCAGAUUUUCUAAAGGUUAGCUUUACAUUCAGUCCUUCAAUUUUCAACUGGCAUAUAUUAAGAGGUCAUUAUCCUGAUGUGUUUUUACUCUGAAGUCCUGAUACACACAUGGUAACCUGUUUCCAAAAUGACAAUAAAUAAAUAUUGCCAGCAUGAGAAA